AUGAGAGGAAGAGGUGGAGGAGCAGGGAGAGAGGAAGAGACAGACGAGCAGAAUGAGAGGAAGUUGGAGGAGGAGGGAGAGACGGUGAGACAGACCAGCAUGCCUAAACAAGCAAUCCUACCCUCUCAUCUCUCACCCCUUUUUUUGGGAGUAUGUGCCUUUGUUCUUGUAUCUGAAGAUGACUGUUUUAAUACAAUUCCCACCUCUCCCCAUUAUUUUUCUUUCUCUCUCUCUCUCUCUCUCUCUCUCUCUCUCUCUCUCUCUCUCUCUCUCUCUCUCUCUCUCUCUCUCUCUCUGUCUCUCUCUUUCCUUCCACCGCAGUGCUCUCCGUAUGGCUUUCUGUCUGCACUCUCACACACAACAGAAACACUCUCAUACACAUACACACCCCCCACUGCUCCUUCCGUCUGUGUCUGUCGCUAUGAGACACGUGGACCGAUAAUAUCUGCCCCAAUCCCUUCUUCUACUCAUUUUCCUUUCUCCCCUUUUAUUCCUGCCUCCUUCAUGUUAUGUAUUCACCUGUCACUUAGCUCUCUCUUCUCAUCUGUCUACAGUCUACAACCAUGUUAUAUAUUCUAGUUAGUAGUACCAAUGUUUGCACAGUUUCGCUCAUAGACUUACUGUAUACCAGGUGGUGUGGGUUACUGUGGGAUUUCUAUGUGGGUUUAUUAGGAUGCACCCCUUCUUUACUUACCUGUCCUUUACCUUCACCAAACAUUUGCCCAGCUUUUGUCUUCAUUAUAUUACGCCCCCUUCCCACACUUAACCCUACCACACCUCACUGGGAGCAGUACAGUCACAACCUCUCCUCUCAUCAUCCCCUCUCUCUUUCUCCCUCUCUCCCUCUGUGAGUCAGACACUGUAGUGAAGCCCUCUGUUUGGGCAGGACACAGGUGCACACACACUUGAGAGAGGAAGAGAGGGCUUUAGAGUCAGACACGCUUUAUUCUCCUCGUUAAAUCCUGGCAUGAGGCAUGGGGGGGGGGUUGGGGGGGAUCAAUAUGCAACCUCUAUCCUCAUUGGCUAGACACAUUCUCUGCCUGCCUGCAAGGCUCGAGCUGAUUGGCUGUGGCCUCGAUCUGUGCACAGCAGCUACAGCUGUGUCACUCCUCCUAUUUUUCCCCGUCCCCGUCCCCUCAUAUUCAUAACUGUCUGUGACUCCAGCGUACAGACUGCUGGUGUGGGUAGCCAGUCUCAGCCCGCCAGCCUGUGGCGAUGCAAGGACACUUCUUUUCAGCACACAAUGCAGCAUGAUUCAUGUCAAGUUGGUCAAUUACUUUCGGUUCUGCGAAGCUCAUGAGACUUAAAGUGACGUCUCUUUCUUGCUAGCUCUCUCUUUGUUCCCUCCCUCUUUCUCUCCCCCUGCCUCCAUCCCACCUUCUCUCUCCUUGUAUCUAUUAAUCAAGACAUAGCUUGCCCUUUCCUGUGCAUUGCAGCCUCCCUCCCUCCAUCUGCUCUAUCUGUUUGUUUCUCUCUUUCCAUAAUUUUUAUCUCUAUCUCUCCCUCUCUACGUAUGACUUCAUCACCCAUGCGUUGUUAGUCUAUCUUGGUUGCGCUCUCUGUUUUAAGUUGACAGUGUAGGUUGGAUACUAAUAUAGGUAUAUUCUACUUUCAGGAUGCCUGCUUUCCCUGGAACCCUUUUCUGCUUUUUAUUUUAAACUGGCUGCCAACUAAUCUUUAUCAUCUGUCUCUUCUUGCAACCCAAAUACAGGUUUUUACGGCAAGGGUGGACACAUGAAGAGGUCAACGAAAAGGAUGACGACGACUGAAGGAUAAACGACAAGAGACAGCCUGGGAAGGAAGGAACAUGGAGAGGGAGGAAUGAGAAAGAGACUAAAAUAAGAGGAAGAAGUGGAACUCCAAAGUGCCUAAGAAGACUGUGAGUGGGUGCCUGACGCUCUGGUCUGGUCCAUUGCUGUUAGUGUUGUGGCUGUGGGAGUGUUUGGCUGGCUGGCGGUCUGCUGCCGCUGUGUAUUGCUGCUGUCUGCGUAGGACAGGCUCCUAGCCCUACUAGGUGAGAGUAGAGCACAGCACAGCACUCUGUGUGAGUGUGUAAGCUGUCAUUGGAGUGCUUCUCGCUCUAGGACAGUGCCUGCCUGAACUACAAAUCCUUGCAUGCCAGGGUGAGGUGCCCCAAUUUCCUCUUUUCCUAUGAGACAGAGCUGGCCUCUGCUCACCGUCUAGCUCUGAGAACUCAUCCCAUCACCAGUGGAUCUGGGACCCGCACUUACCCAAGAAAAAACAACUACUCAAGCCCACAUACCCAUAAACUCAGUAAUUCCCAAAGGACCAGCUGUUCAUUUGUAUCCAGGAUAUUUUUCUCUCUCACACAUUCUCAUCUCCUCUUAUCUUGCCAAGGAGUAAAUGUUAAUCUGCAUCAGUAUUUUUGUUGUUACCAAUUUUGUCCACCCCUACAUCCGUACCCACUUGCCCCCUCCUGUCCUGAGGGGCUGUGAUGGCAGUCAGUAUGGGAAGUAUGGCCAUGGGCCGGGACACUAAGUGGCUGACCCUAGAGGUGUGUCGAGAGUUUCAGAGGGGUACCUGCUCCCGCUCGGACGCUGAGUGUAAGUUCGCCCACCCGGCCAGGAGCUGCCACGUGGAGAACGGCAGAGUCAUCGCCUGCUUCGACUCACUCAAGGUAACAGUAGGCAUCACAGACAACACACACACACACACACAACAGGCACUGUUUGAUAAUGACGUAAGGGAAAACUCUCUCUUAUAACUCUGUCUUUCUCUCACAGACACACACCACACAACCUACCUGUUAA